AUGCGUCUCUCCACACCCCUAAACUUAAGCUUUGCUUUGCUUAUAGCAUCCACACUCACUGCGCCCGUCCCCGAUGCGCUUGACCUCCUUCAUCAAUUAUCCCAACAAGCUACGGACAACGAGUAUGCGGCAUUGUCCAAUAGCACCACUAAGCGCAGCACGCAAUGUACCCUGAGCAACAUUUCCGUGCGUAAAGAAUGGGGGACUCUUAGUGCUAAAGAGAGGGUCGCAUACACAAAUGCUGUCCUUUGCCUCCAAAAUAAGACUGCCUCAACGCCUACUAGCCUUAUUCCAGGUGUGAGGUCUCGUUACGAUGACUUUGUCGGCACGCACAUCAACCAGACUUUAAGAAUUCACUACACGGGAACCUUCCUUGCAUGGCAUCGCUAUUUCACGUGGAAUUAUGAACAAGCUCUCAGAAAUGAGUGUGGAUACACUGGAACACAGCCGUACUGGAACUGGGGUCUCUCCGUAUCAAACACAGCCGCUUCUCCAGUCUUCGAUGGCAGUGCUACGAGCAUGUCAGGCAACGGCGCAUAUAUUGCCGGCCGUGGGCCUCUGACUUUGUCUCUCCCACCCUAUCCUGACAUUUAUCUUCCCCCUGGAACUGGAGGAGGCUGCGUUACCUCUGGGCCCUUCAAGAAUAUGACUGUCAAUCUUGGACCAGUAUCACUCCCUCUCAGUGGCGGAACUACGCAAACAGGCGCAGGUCUCGACUACAACCCACGUUGCCUGAAGCGCGACAUUGGUACAGCUGUCAACCAACUGUACGCAAACUUCACGUCUAUCAUCAACCUCAUAAUCCAAAACAAGGACAUCGCAGACUUCCAGAUGGUUAUGCAGGGAGUUCCAGGCUCGGGAAUCAUCGGCGUUCAUGGUGGAGGACACUACACCAUUGCCGGCGAUCCAGGAGCAGAUGUUUUCACUUCCCCAGGAGACCCAGCUUUUUACCUUCACCAUGGCAUGAUUGAUCGCGUGUGGUGGAUCUGGCAAAAUCUCGAUCUUGCUAAUCGCAAGAAUGCGAUCUCGGGCACCGGUACUUUCUUGAACUACCCACCCUCAGGGAACACCACUCUGGAUACGAUGAUUGAUAUUGGCUAUGCGGGCGGUACUUCCAUCGCAAUGAGAGACUUGAUGAGCACUACUAAUGGACCGUUCUGCUACACCUAUCUAUAG